AUGCUGGAGCAACUGUUGGGCGUUGUCGAGCUCCGCGGUUAUCUCAUCGGUGGAGGUCGUGUGCCACACGUCAUUCUUGAUACCGCGCCGCGCUCGAUCACCACUGCUGGGUCAUGGCUUGAGACUGGCGGCUCUACGACAUUCGACAUCGACAACCACCAUGGCGGAGCAGCAGGUGCAACUCACGGACCUCGACCCGGAACAGCUGCAGCAGGUCAAGAAGCAGCUCGACGAGGUGGGUACGGAUCAAGGAUGAAGAGUCGGCGAGCAAUCUGUGUUCUACCAGCUUCCUCGGUGGAGGCACGAGCGCGACUGCUGGCAAUGUGGCCAGCAUGGCCAGCUUGGCGGUGGGACAGCCCGCAACACUCUCUCGAGAGCCUUGAAUCCCUAGCUGCUGAGAUAAAUCUCACUCCCGACCUCAGCCUUCUUGCACCCACGAUCAAGCUGACAGUACAGGAGCUCGACCACCUGACCAACUCGUUCGGGCAGCUCAAGCAGGCGCAGGGCAAGUUCCGCUCGUGCGUGAACGACAUCGACGCGCUCACACCGGACACGCUUGACCGCGAGGUUCUCGUCCCCCUCACGUCGUCGCUGUACGUCCCGGGCAAGCUGGGCGACACGAGCCACCUCAUCGUCGACGUCGGCACGGGCUACUACGUCAAGAAGGUCAUAGCUCCAUAUUUGUUGAACCCAGCUAACACACAGUCCCGACCCGAGGCGGCCAAGCACUACACGGGCAAGGCCGAGUUUGUUGGCAAGAACCUCGAGACGCUGCAGAAGACGAUUGAGCGGAAACAGGACAACCUCCAGAGCGUCAUUCAGGUGCUCCAGAUGAAGCUCCAGCAGGCCCAGCAGCCGCAGCAGCCGGCCAAGUGA